UCUAAGAGUCAUCUUAUUCAAUACCAAAAUCUCUUCACACAUCGUAGGUUCAACUUCAAUGGAAUCCUUGUUGUCGAGUUACGAUACUCUCAAGGAUUUUCGUCAAAUCUCUCCCGAAGUUCAGACUGCUCUAAAACAGGGAUAUGCGAAAGUAUGUUGCUUCUUAAUAGCAGAUGCACUCGGGUUUUAUCUCCAUAUCCUAUUGGACAAUGGAUAUUUUCUCACCACCUUGGCAACAUUUGAAUGUAUGCUUUGGUUGAUCGCCACUCCUCCAUGGGAAGAGCACAAAAGGUUAAUGACAUAUUACCUAUUUUGCAUUCUCUACGGAGCCUCCUCUGUUUCUGUAGUCAAAUUAUUCAAAGAUUUUGACACACGCAUGUGGGUGAGCGAAUACAUAGGAGCUGCCAUCGCAUUUGCUUGUUUCUCAGGCGCUGCCAUGGUAGCAAGGCGUAGAGAGUUUCUUUAUCUUGGAGCUCUUCUUUCCUCUGGUGUUUCAAUCUUCUUCUGGUCACAUUUUGCUUCAAAAAUCUUUGGUGGUGUCACUGCUUAUUUCCAAUCUGAGCUUUACUUUGGGUUAAUGGUGGUUGUUGGUUGCAUGGUUGUUGCAACUCAGGUGCUCAUCCCAAAGACUUGGAUAUGUGAUGCAGUUGAACAAUUCUGAUGGAAGGGAACAUAGGAAGAAGAAGAGGAGGAGGGGGAUUAUGGACAAAAACCGCAUUCAACUACAAAUAAAGCUCGGUGUAAUUUAUACUUUCGUGUGGUACAUGUUUUUUUUU